AUGUCCCAAGCAUCCCGCCGUGAACAGGCGAAUGGCCGGCCUCCGCCAGCCCAAGGAUACUAUAACGCGUACUCCGAAGCAUCAGGCUACGAUGAUCGCUUCCAGCAAGGCCCGCAGCCACCCAGAGAAGCGGGCUACGUUCCGUAUCAAGACAGCUACGCGUCCUUUGAUCGCAUGCCAGCCAAUAGCCAGAACCCACGAGACCAGUAUGGCUACACUUCUCCGCCUCCCAGAGAUGGCUACGGCGAUUCAGACAGGGGCUAUUCCGAGAGAGCUUUCUCAGACAGACCGUACGCGCCCUCCGAGCCUCGACCUCACGCUGGGAAUCAGCUCAGCCCUUACGACGAGGCGAAGGCUGAUGCCGGAUGGCGCGAGUACGACGAACAACAGAGAGCUUACACUUAUGACAACAGACCACCUCCUUCAGACUAUGGGCGCAGACCGCCCUAUGACGACAGAUACCACGACGAUAGAGACAGCCGAUAUGACGACAGAGACUACGACAGAGACUAUGACAGAAGAAGGCGCAGGCACAGCAGGAGAUAUUCGGACGAUGACUUGAGGCAGAAAUUUCUUCGUUAUCCUUCUGACCCAAAGAAGGGCGGUAGGGAUAUGUUCGGAGCCAGUGACGGAGAGCGAGGCAUGGGCGCUCAAUUGCUGGGAGGCGCUGCUGGAGCCCUGCUUGGACACAAGUUUGCAGACGGAGCAUUGGGCACGGUCGGUGGUGCCGUGCUCGGCGCGAUUGCAUCUGGUGCAGCGGAGAGGCACUAUGAGAAGCGCAAAGGAGAGAAGGUGUACAAGCGCAGAAGCUUGGACGACGCAUAUGGUCCUGUCCAGUACCCUCCUCCUGGUCACGAUAUGGACGAUGUCCGGGCAACUGGUCGCGAUGGCAGGACUGGCAUUCGAGAAAGAUUACGGUCGAUGAGUAGAGGUGCUACUGCAAGGUUCAGGAGCAGAAGCCGUCCGAGACGGAGCCCGAGCCUCGAGAGCGACGAGCGAUACCACUAUCGAUGA